GGAAGAGAUGUAACAUCAGAAAAUAUAAAUAAAUUUAUGAUCAGUGACAACAAGAAAUACUGUUAAAUUGACCUUCAACAAGUUCAACAACUUUCCGGCAUCUUUUACGGAAAACCCGAAAACUUGAUGACAACAUGUCAUGCAAACUGAUAAUGAAUCUACAGAAAAAAAUGAGAAUUUGUAUAAUUGGCGGAGGAGCUGCUGGAUUGUGUGCUCUUCGAAAUUUUGCGGAAAAUUUGAAUUAUUUUGAUUUAGUGGUUUUUGAAAAAACGGAAAAAAUUGGAGGCACCUGGGUCUAUAAUGAAAAAACAGGAUUAGAUUCAAAUGGUUUGCCAAUUCACUCCAGUAUGUAUAGAGAUCUCAGAACCAAUUUACCAUGUGAGAUAAUGAAUUUUCCUGAUUAUCGAAAAAUGAAGGGGGACAAAUCCAGUACAGUAACACAUGAACAAAUUUUGUCUUAUUUGAAAAAUUAUUCUGAACAUUUUCAACUUUGUCAAUAUAUUCAGUUUAAUACACUGGUGGAAAAUGUGAAACCAGAAAUUAAGGAAAAUGAUUCGAAAAUAAUAGUUUGGAAAGUGCAAAUUAAAAAUUUAAAAACAAAACAAAUUUCUCAUGAAGUAUUUGAUGGAAUUAUCGUCUGUACUGGACAAUAUUUUCAACCAAAUAUACCAGAAAUACCUGGAAUAGAAACAUUUCCUGGUACAAUUUUACACAGUCAUUCUUAUAGAAAACCCGAAGAUUUUACAAAUAAAUCAAUAGUGAUUCUUGGUGCAUCAUCAUCUGGUAUUGAUAUUGGUAUAGAAUUAUGUGCACAUGCUAAUCAAGUCUAUUUAAGUCAUUAUGGGGAAAGGAUAGUCAGUAUAUUGCCUUCUCAAUUAAUUCAGGUUAUGGAAAUCAGUAGAAUAGAAAAAAAUAAAAUAUAUUUUAUCAAUGGAAAUUCUGUACAAGUUGACGCAAUUAUUUACUGUACCGGAUAUUUAAUAACAUUUCCCUUUUUGGACGAAAGUUGCGGAAUUACCGUUGAUAAUAAUUAUGUUUAUCCAUUGUAUAAACAUAUGAUUAAUAUUAAUUAUCCAACAAUGUGUUUUCUGGGUAUGAACACUAAAGUCGUACCAUUCCCAAUGUUUCACAUGAAGGCAAAGUAUUAUUUAGCUUAUCUUAAAGGAGAGUUAACUUUGCCGACAAAAGAAGAAAUGAUGGAGGAUUCAAAAUUGAAGACAGAGAAAAAAAAUCAUGCCCACUCACUCGCAACACAACAAUGGUCAUUUAAUAAUAGUUUAGCAGAAGCGGGUGGAUUUAAUCCCCUCCCACCAUUCUAUGAAAUGGGUUAUAAAGCAUGGUGGAAUUUAAGAAAAACAAAUUUGUUUCAUUACAAGGAUUAUAAAUUAAUUAUUGCUGACGAUGACAAAAGUGUAGAAGUAAUUUUAGGAUAAAAUAUAAUACUAAUUAAUUAAUGUAACUUAUUGAUAAAAAUUAAAACAAUAAUUUAAAUAGAAAAUAAAAAGUUUCAUUCUAUUUUA